AUGACAGCGCCAUUGUGGCAAAAUAAGAAUGAGAAAAAGCACACAGUUAAAAGAGCGUUAUCAACGGAUAUGACCAGCAACAUUUUAAGUAGCACAAACGCGAGCUCAAACGAAGAAAAUUCUAGAAGUUCUUCUGCUGCCAAUGUACGGUCCGGAACAGCUGCAAAUACACUUGUUAAUGGCAGCAGCACUAGAAAGAGGCUUGCAUGCACUAAUUGUAGAAAUAGAAGGAAAAAAUGUGAUUUAGGCUUUCCCUGUGGUAACUGUUCUAGGUUGGAAUUGGUUUGUAAUGUUAAUGACGAGGACUUAAGAAAAAAACGGUACACCAAUAAAUAUGUGAAGUCUUUGGAAAGCCAUAUUGCUCAGCUGGAGACCAACUUAAAAAAUCUCGUUCAGAAGAUCUACCCUGAUGACGAACAAAUGCUGAAUCGAAUGAUGGUAGGAGAUGUAUUGUCAGCUCUUCCAGAUACUUCCCAAGUCUCAAUCAACUAUACUGACCAAACUCCCUCCCUUCCAAUUCCCGCAACUAGAGGUACAUUCAUUAUUGAUAAUGAUAAGGUUAGUCAACCUCUACCGUCCUUUGACCAACAAACAGAGCGCUCCACUUUAAAUUCAGGUCUUUUCAACACCCAAAAGCAAAAUUUUGGAGAGUCUCUUGAUGAUCAGCUACUUUUACGAAGAUCGAUAACACCACAAGGUGAAAAAAAGAAGAAGCCGUUAGUAAAGGGCAGUCUUUAUCCUGAAGGACCUGUGAGUUACAAACGGAAGCAACCAGUAAAAUCGGACAGUUUGUUGCCUGCGUCUUCAUUAACAGCUGCUGCAGAUCCAUCUACAUUUUCAGAUGGCAUAACCGUCAGUAAUCCCACCCUAGUUAAUGGUGAACUGAAGAAACGCAUAUCCGAUUUGAAGACCACUGUAAUUGUAAGAGGACUGAAUGACGAUAAUCCCAACUCUAUUAAUAAUGAUCCCAGGAUCUUGAAAUCACUUUCUAAUUUUUAUAAGUGGUUGUAUCCUGGUUAUUUUAUUUUUGUUCACAGAGAAAGUUUUCUUUAUGGCUUCUUCAAUCACUCCAAGAAUAACUAUGAAGACUCAAGUUACUGUUCUGUCGAAUUGAUAUAUGCCAUGUGUGCCGUGGGUUCGAGGCUUACUCCGGACCUACAAGAAUAUUCAGAAGUAUAUUAUCAGCGAAGCAAGAAGACUUUAUUACAGCUCGUCUUUGAUGAGCAAAGUACAGCCCGUAUCACAACAGUACAAGCGCUAUUUUGCUUAGCCUUUUACGAAUUGGGGAAGGGCAAUAAUCAAUUGGGGUGGUAUUUCUCCGGUCUAGCUAUCAGGGUCGGCUACGACAUGGGGUUUCAAUUGGACCCUAAAGUAUGGUACGUUGAUGAUAACAAUCUACAGUUAACCCAAAGUGAGUUGGAAAUAAGAUCAAGGAUUUACUGGGGUUGCUACAUAGCGGAUCAUUUUAUUUGUUUAAUGUUGGGCAGAACGUCCACAUUAAGCGUCAGUAACUCAACAAUGCCAGAAUCAGAUGAACUACCAGAAGUCAAUGGCACGGAAGAGUUUAGGUUUAUUGGAAGACAUGUUUUACAGAUAUCCUUGCCUCUGAAAAACUUGAUAAUUUUGUCCAGGCUUGUACAAAUAUUCACCUCUAAAAUUUUCAUCGAGUCGGAAGAUAUAGCACAAAAACUAAAGUAUUUGAAUACUUUCAACUCUCAGGUCUACAACUGGAGACAAUCUCUACCUGAAUUCUUGCAAUGGUCCAAAACACUCAUCGAUAACGAUGACGUAUCUACAGAUCCCACCAUAUCUUACUUCUGGUAUUGCUACUAUAUAGUUCGGCUUACCUUCAACAAGCCAUUCAUAGAAGACUCCCAAGAAUCAGAAACGGUAGUUAUAGAGAUCAUUGAUGACUUGAAGACUUUGCUGGACAAUUUCGGGAAGAAAUUCGGAAACUAUACGAAGGGAAAUCUCUAUCAGCUUUACUCAUGCCUGUUGGCCAUCAACUGUUUAAAGAAGCUAAAGGAAGUCCGUUCUAGUGAGCAAGACUCAUGGAAUGCACAGUUGGAAUUUUUUAAUCAUAUCUUCUACACACAACUAUAUCCCGCAUAUGAUCUGCCGAAAAAGCUGCAGGAGGAUACCGAGCUGGAAACAGAACAAGAAAACCAAAUGUUGAAUCAAGUUGGAAAUAUAAACUACACGCACGAUUUCUCACUCUCCCACGAAAUCGAUGAUCUGAUCAGAGAGUUGUUUGGAGUGGGCACACCUCAAAAGCUCUGA